CUAUUGUGCAAAGUUCCUUAACAAAUAAUGACAAAUUGCUCUACAACAUAACUGAAAUAAUGGAUACAUGGAUGACAAAAAGGCAUUUUCCUGAGUUGAAAGUCGAUUGUGAUUAUAAUGGGUUUGCAACACUUUCAGCAUAUAAUUUCAACGAAACGAAUUGGAAAAUACCUAUAACUUGUCUCAAGAUAUCAAAUUUUACUUUCAUGAAUGUUACAUCGAAAAUUUUAUUUUAUUGUAUCAAGCCUUAUGAUAUAUAUAUCAGUAAAUUGGAUAUUAAUGAUUUCAUAAUAGUUAAUAUGAAAUAUACUGGAUAUUAUCGCGUCAAUUACGAUUACCGAAACUGGGACAAAAUCUGUACUUACUUAAAUUUUCAUAAUUAUACCCAAAUUAAUGUUUUGAAUCGCGCUCAAUUAAUUGAUGAUGCGUAUUAUUUUGUGACAAAUAAUAAACUCCAAGUCUCUGUGUUCGUACGUCUGAUUAGAUACUUAAGAAGGGAAAGGCAUUAUGUAGCCUGGUACCCUAUGUUUAAUAUUUUAAUGUACAUGUCGAAGUACUUUGAAUUACCAGCAAGUGAACAAUUCAAGUCAUAUGUGUUAGAAAUUUUGGAUAGUCUUCUUGAGAAGAUUGGAUUCAUUGAAAACAUUGAGGAAGACAAUAUGAUCAAAUCUUUAAGGUUAUUAGGAUUAAAGUGGGCUUGUAAAUUCGGCCAUAAGUCAUGCAGGGAAACGGCCACUUUUGUACUGACUUAUCUCAACAAAUUUUCCUCUAUAAUUCGACCGUGGUGGAAGGAAUGGUUAUAUUGUGGUGGUUUGAUGGAAGCAAAUCUACAGGUUUGGCGUCAGUUUUUAGAUAAAAAUUCUGGCAACUAUACUCAAGAGCAUUUAACGUAUUUGGCAUGUACUGAAAAUGAACAUGCACUCCUUGCUUAUUUGGAAUUUUUAUGGAAAUUAAAAUAUGAGGAAUUAAGGAUAUCAAACCAUGACGGUAGAGAUCUAGAGAUGUCAUAUGAGAUUAUUAUGGCAGCAUAUCGUUCUUUUGUAAAGAAACAUGCAAGGAAGAAUGCUGUGCUGAUGCAUAUCUUAGAGAAUUAUGAUAACUUAACGUCAACUAUUUUGGGUAGUAUGUCUCCAAUCACAGUAUUGGGUGUCACCGUUAUGGAAUUAUAUUCCAAGGAUAAUUUUAAAGAGAUAAUAGAAUUUGUAACAUCAAGUCAAAAAUUCACAAAGGAGGAGAAACGUAAAAUUGCAUUUCUUGUUAAUCAACGGAAGACACAAUUAGAGAAAAUAUCCUACCAUUUCCGCUAUUUUGGAAGAACAGAGUAUUAAAUUUGUUAGAUGAUUAGAUAUUAGAGGCAAUAAAUAGAUUAAAGACGUAUUGAAGAAUAUGAAUAACAUUAAUGUAGUAAUCAUCAAUAUUAUAUAUUUGCAUCUAGUAUAAUAUCUGCAAUUAUAAAUAAUAUUAGAUCUAACUUAGUAAUAGAAGUUAUAUUUAAUAUAAUGAUAAAGAUAUUUGCUUUGAUGUUAUUAUAAUGACGCAAUAUUGUACCAUAAAUAGUAAAUAUUCUACCAUAAUAGUAGUAAAUCACUGCUUGAUGAUACACUUUGAUAGUGUAUAUUAUAAACCUACGUCUGUUUUCUAUUUGUAAAUGUGUAUCGUAUUAUUUUAUCUAUUAAAUAAAUAUGUGUUGUAUUAUUUUAUCUAUUAAAUAAAUAUUUUUAUUACGGUA